AGAGUACUGUGRUAUGCUGGAGUGUCGUAUCAAGGGAUGGGGCUCCGUUAUGAAAUUCCGACUAUAGGUUGUUGGAGAGUUUUAUUUACAGACCAAAUGCAAAAUGAUAUGGGAUUAGAAUAGAGGGAACCACUGCAGUGAAAGGUCAUGGAUUCCCCUAUCCUUCUUCUCCUAGCCCUCCUGAUCGCUCUGAUCCAAUGUUUUCCUGAUGACUACCACAGUCACAACAGCACCCGUCACCAUGACUACUGUGUGCUUGGAGCCGGGCCCGCUGGCCUUCAGAUGGGUCACUUUCUCUCCAAGAGUCAGAGAGAUUACAUCAUCUUGGAGAGGAACUCGGGGCCAGGGAGCUUCUUCAAUAUAUACCCUCGACACAGGAAACUCAUCAGCAUCAACAAGAUCUACACAGGAAGGCGGAACCGCGAGUUCAACCUUCGUCACGAUUGGAACUCCCUCCUGAGUGACAGGCCCGACCUGCUGCUUCAGCGAGUCAGCCGGGAGCUCUACCCAGAUGCAGACUCAUUCCCCCGCUACCUCUCCAUGUAUGUGAAGGAGCUGGGGCUGAAGGUCCAGUAUGGGGUGGACAUCGGGAAGAUCAGGGCCUCAGAGUCUGAAUCACCUAGAGGCAGGGGAUACAUACUGACUGACCAGCGUGGACUGGACUAUACAUGCAGAGUCCUACUGGUGUCCACAGGACUGUGGGAUCCUCAGAAGGUCCAGUUUGAGGGCUCAGACCUGGUGGAGGGCUAUGAGUCCAUCCCUGUGGACCCAGAGGAGUAUAAGGACCAGGCCGUGCUGAUCCUGGGUAAGGGGAACUCAGCAUUUGAAACAGCUCAGAGCAUCCUGGGUCGGGCCAGCCGGRUCCAUCUCUACAGCCCRAGCCCGGUCCGCCUAGCCUGGCAGACACACUACGUCGGAGACCUCAGAGCUGUGAACAAUGAGCUGCUAGACACGUACCARCUAAAGUCCCUUGAUGRGCUGGUGGAGGGAGGCCUUGAGGACAUUGCUAUCGUCAGAAAUGGAGAGGAUGAAAAGAAGUGCUCAGGCAGAAAGAAGAAGUGCAGAUCCAGUGGGAAGGAAAAGCGUGGCAAGUUGUUCCUUACUCUAUCUGAGUUACUGGACAGUUCGGAUGGGAGGAACAGUUCAAAGGUCACAGCGACAAACCUGCCUGUGUACCACAAUGACAACUUCUCUCUCCGCCAGCCAUAUGAUCGUGUGAUCCGCUGCCUGGGGUUCCGGUUCAACUUCAGCAUCUUUGAUGGCUCUGCCCGCCCACCAAGCAGUGAGGGUGCCAGGGGGCGGUUGCCAGGAGUGACAGCAUGGUACGAGGGGCGGGGAACCCCAGACCUUUUUGUUUUGGGGACGGCUGCACACUCAAGAGACUAUCGCUCUUCUGCAGGGGGGUUCAUCCAUGGCUUCCGAUACACAGUGCGUGCUGUACAUAGAGUCCUUGAGCUGCGUUACCAUAGCAACUCCUGGCCUGCAAUCAAACUGUCAAUCAGUCAGCUGCAGUCCUGGCUGUUGAGGAGGGUCAAUGAGGCCUCCGGACCGUACCAAAUGUUUGGGGUACUUGGAGACAUCAUUUUACUAAGAGGCUCUCACUGUGAGUAUCUGGAGGAGUUUCCCCUCCAGGCCCUGCCCCAGUUCUCUUCUCUGUCUGGCCACCAGCUCUCCAAGCAUGGGCUGCUGGUUCUGGUUCUACAGUACGGGCUGAACCGCACAGACUCACUGGGCCCUGGCAGGGCAGAGUCAGAGUGGACCCGUGCCUGGAGGUCCAACUUCCUCCACCCUGUUCUAUAYUACUACGACAAACUUCCCACUGAGAGGGACAUGAGACACCGUCCUGUUGGCUGGCCAYUGCCACGGCCCAAGGCAGUGCAUCACAUGAUCGAGGACUUCUUGACUGAGUGGGAUGGGCCCAUCUCCCACAGCCAGCCACUGCGGCGCUUCCUGGAACACUGUCUCCACACUGACCUCAGGGCCUUCUAUGCAGAGUCAUGUUUUCGCUUUUCCCUUACCAAUCAAAAGCCACCCCUGUUUUGUCGUCAGGGAUACCUGAGGAAGCAUGGGGUUGUUAGGAAUAGUCAGCUGUGGCAGCAUGCCCAUGAUGCUGGGCUAAUGCCUGGAGGACAGGACUCUGCAUCCCCAGACACAGACCCAUCGUUCCCUGAUUACCUUACACGAGCUGGAACCUCAGUGUCCUCUGCAAUAAACCUCGACUUCUGAUUGUUUACCCAAGGAUCCUAAAACUAAGCCUAUGACAGUUUUGAUGUCCCAAGACAUUCUCUACCUCUCAUUAUAAUGUCCAUGAAUAUAUACAGUAUACAGAGUCUACAAAACAUUAAGAACACCUUCCUAAUAUUGAGUUGCACUCCCAC